ACUACCCAUUACCCAAGCUCGUCUCAAACCUCCUAUCUUCUUGUUCUCAUUGAGACUUCCACAUACAUAGCUUUCUAGUCUUUUAUCAUUGGUUUCUUCUUCGCUUUCCUUUUAGUUAAUUUGAAGGGAAAAGGAGAGUCAAAAUGCCUGCCGCAGGAGGAAUUGCCGUCGGUAACGGCAAGGAGUAUCCGGGGAACCUUACUCUGUUCGUGACUGUAACAUGUGUAGUAGCUGCCAUGGGUGGUCUCAUCUUUGGAUACGAUAUUGGGAUUUCAGGUGGUGUGACGUCUAUGCCGUCGUUUUUGAGGAAGUUUUUCCCGUCGGUGUACAGGAAGCAACAAGCGGACGCGUCGACGAACCAGUAUUGUCAGUAUGACAGCCAGAAACUGACCAUGUUCACAUCGUCACUGUAUUUGGCUGCCCUGAUGUCAUCGAUUGUUGCAUCCACUAUUACGCGCAAGUUUGGACGGAAAUUGUCCAUGCUUUUCGGUGGUUUGCUCUUCUUCGCUGGCGCUAUCUUCAAUGCCGCUGCCACAGCUGUUUGGAUGUUGAUUCUUGGUCGGAUUUUGCUCGGUUUCGGUAUUGGUUUCGCCAAUCAGUCAGUGCCACUCUACCUCUCUGAAAUGGCCCCAUACAGAUACAGGGGAGCUCUCAACAUUGGGUUUCAAUUAUCAAUCACAAUUGGUAUUUUAGUGGCAAAUGUGUUGAACUACUUCUUUGCCAAAAUCAAGGGUGGGUGGGGAUGGCGUUUGAGCUUGGGUGGUGCCAUGGUCCCUGCCUUAAUCAUCACCAUCGGAUCUUUAGUUCUACCAGACACACCAAACUCUAUGAUCGAACGUGGAAAACAGGAUGAAGCCAGAGCACAUCUUAAGAGAAUUCGUGGAAUCAAUGAUGUUGAUGAGGAGUUCAAUGACCUUGUCAUUGCUAGUGAAUCGUCAAGACAAAUUGCGCACCCAUGGACCAAUUUGUUGCAAAGGAAGUACAGGCCACAGCUCACUAUGGCCAUAUUGAUCCCAUUCUUUCAACAACUCACUGGCAUUAAUGUGAUCAUGUUCUACGCACCCGUUUUGUUCAAUACGAUUGGAUUCGGAAACGACGCUUCGCUCAUGUCUGCUGUGAUCACUGGUUUGGUCAAUGUGUUCGCUACUCUGGUCUCAAUCUAUGGUGUCGAUAAAUGGGGUCGCAGGUUCCUUUUCUUGGAGGGUGGAGUUCAAAUGUUUAUUUGCCAGGCUGUGGUGGCAGCUUGUAUUGCAGCUAAAUUUGGUGUUGAUGGGCACCCAGGAGAGUUGCCCAAGUGGUAUGCAAUUGUAGUGGUGCUGUUUAUAUGCAUAUAUGUUGCUGGAUUUGCUUGGUCUUGGGGUCCAUUGGGAUGGUUGGUGCCGAGUGAAAUUUUCCCACUGGAAAUCCGAUCGGCUGCUCAGAGUGUGAAUGUGUCUGUCAACAUGCUUUUCACAUUCAUUAUUGCUCAAGUCUUCUUAACAAUGCUAUGCCACUUGAAGUUUGGAUUGUUCAUCUUCUUCGCAUUCUUCGUACUGGUUAUGUCCAUCUUUGUCUACUUCUUCCUGCCUGAGACAAAGGGUAUCCCAAUUGAAGAGAUGACCAGGGUGUGGAAGACACAUUGGUAUUGGUCUAGAUUUGUGACUGAUGAUGAUUACCCUAAUGGAGGGCUUGAGAUGAGGAAGGGAAGUGAGGGUUCAAAGAUUGUAUAAGUUGGUGCUCCAGACACUUAAUCUUAUGCUUCCAAUUACUAUUUUUUUUUUUUUUUGGGUGGAAAUAUAUACCAUUAUUGGGGUCCAAAUACAAUGUUCUCGCUACAUAAAUUGGUAAAAUUAAUGUGUGGUAAUUUAGAAUGUUUUCACCGGUUCAUCUCAAUUGAAAUUCCAAUGUAUAGAAGGUAAUGUUAUAUUAAAAGUCAGAUUUUCCAGCA